ACCUUCCCAGCAGCGGAGCGAGCAGUCUCGCUUCUCCUUUUGUGUCGCUCUUGUGCGUGCCUUUUGCGCGCGGAAGGAUGACGGAGCGUAGCAAGUACACCAAUUAUCGCUACUCCAGUUACAUGCAGGACGGUGUCGCGGUUCUGAAGAUCGGGCCCGAUGUGGGACCCGCGAAGCCCGCAGAUGAAUGCAAACUGAUGAGCAAUAACGGGAACAAUAACACCCUGUACUCCGUCAAGUAUGAGUUCACCCCGCGGGCGAACUUGCCGAACGCUCCCAACACGCAGGGACGCUCGAAUUGUCCGCAAAAUAAACCGCUAUACAACGACAAAGCUGUACGAACGACGAAGAACUUCAUUGGGAAACCCUACUAUAACUUGGGCGAGAAGGGAUCCGGUUUCCGGCCGCGGGGCGAAGUUCAGGACUUCAGCGUACUGAGACGGGAGUGCCUGGCAUCGGGAAGGCUCUUCGAGGACCCCGAGUUCCCGGCGAACGACUCGUCGCUGUACUUCUCCCGCAGACCGGACAGAUACAUAGAAUGGAAGCGACCGAUGGAAAUCGCGGACAAUCCUCAGUUCUUCGUGGAGGGCUUCUCGAGAUUCGACGUUCAGCAGGGAGAGUUGGGAGACUGCUGGCUGCUAGCUGCCGUAGCGAAUCUGACCAUGCACCCGAACUUGUUUUUCCAAGUGGUGCCCGAAGACCAGAGCUUCGAUGAGAAUUACGCUGGGAUCUUUCACUUCAGGUUCUGGCAGUACGGUCGAUGGGUCGACGUAGUGAUCGACGAUCGGUUGCCCACUUUCCGCGGGGAAUUAAUGUACCUUCACUCGGCCGAGAACGACGAAUUCUGGAGUGCCCUUCUCGAGAAAGCGUAUGCGAAACUUCAUGGUUCCUAUGAGGCGUUAAAGGGCGGGACGACCUGCGAGGCCAUGGAGGAUUUCACCGGUGGGGUGACGGAAAUGUAUCAAAUGGAUCAAACGCCGCCGAACUUGUUCAACAUUUUGCUGAAAGCCUUUGAGAGAAACUCGUUGUUGGGCUGUUCCAUUGAGCCUGAUCCAAAUGUAGUGGAGGCUGAAACACCCCAGGGACUGAUACGCGGCCACGCAUACAGUGUUACUCGCGUGAAGCACGUGGAAAUUCAGACGCCAAAUCAGAUCGGCACGAUCCCGCUCCUGCGGCUUCGCAAUCCUUGGGGCAACGAGGCGGAAUGGAACGGGCCGUGGAGCGACAAGUCGCCGGAGUGGAGAUUCAUCCCCGAUCACGAGAAGGAGGAGCUCGGCCUGACCUUCGACAUGGACGGCGAGUUUUGGAUGUCGUUCCACGAUUUCGUGCGCCACUUUACCCAGCUUGAAAUCUGUAACUUAAACCCCGACUCCUUGACGAUAGACGAACUCAACGCCGGCAAGAAACGCUGGGAGAUGAGCGUAUUCGAAGGCGAGUGGGUGCGUGGAGUAACGGCAGGCGGUUGCAGGAACUACUUAGAAACCUUCUGGCACAACCCGCAGUAUCGCAUCACGCUGGAAUGUCCGGAUGACGACGAUGACAAGUGUACCGUGAUCGUCGCCUUGAUGCAGAAGAACAGGAGGGCGCAGAAGAGGAUGGGUGCCGAUUGCCUCACUAUCGGAUUCGCGAUAUAUCAUUUAGAAAACCCAGAGAGACUGCCGAAACCGCUGGACAUGAGCUUCUUCAAGUACAAUCCGUCUAUUGGACGUUCGCCGGCAUUUAUCAACUUGCGCGAGGUCACGUGUCGCUUCAAGUUACCACCGGGUGUAUAUUGCAUAGUUCCAAGCACCUUCGACCCGAACGAGGAGGGUGAAUUCUUGCUGAGGAUCUUCUCCGAGAACAAGAACAAUAUGGAGGAAAACGACGAGGAAGUCGGUAUGGGCGAAGUCGAUGACAGAGUGAUUAAUCCUGCGGGUGAUAAAGAGGGAGAAGACGGCGACAACGUUCGCGACGAGCCUGAACAAGACCGCAACAGCGAGAAAGUCCGAGAAUUCUUCAAGAAAUUGGCUGGGGAUGAUUUGGAGGUGGACUGGAUGGAGCUGAAGGAUAUCUUAGACUAUGCCAUGAAAAAAGAGUUACCGCAAGUGGCGCAUCGUAACGAGGCACACGAUCCCGAAACUGUUGAAGGAAAUGGUUCGUUUAUCGACACACUCAUCUCACUGCUGUGCGGCAUUGUUUGUAAAAAUGAACAGUACAAUAAGCCCGUAGAUACUAACGAUAGGGGAUUCAGCAAAGAUAUAUGUCGCAGUAUGGUCGCGAUGUUGGACGCAGAUCAUUCUGGGAAACUUGGCUUUGAAGAAUUCAAGACCCUGUGGAACGACGUUAGAAAGUGGAGAGCAGUCUUCAAACUAUACGAUAGAGACGAAUCGGGAUGUCUAAGUGCGUUCGAGCUGCGACAAGCGUUAAAUAGCGCAGGAUACCGUUUGAACAACCACAUUCUGAACAUCUUGGUACACCGUUACGGUACCAAAGAUGGCAAGAUUACUUUUGACGAUUACAUAAUGUGCGCGGUUAGACUUAAAACGAUGAUCGAUAUUUUUAGAGAGAGAGAUCCAGAUAAAACCAACACGGCUACCUUCACGAUGGAAGAGUGGAUAGAAAAGACGCUCUAUUCAUAAUGAAAUAUAAAGCUUUCGUUUAUUCGCGAUAAUUCGAUUUUACUUUGGGCUCGAGAAUUUUUUUAUAACGCGAUAAUGGGCAAUUGUAUAAUUGCGAUUUUUUAUGAGAGGGGCAACAAAAGAAAAUAUUUUUUAAAUAUAACUUGCAAAGUAACGUGCAUAUAAAUGCAUACGAGGUCUAAUACUCGCUUCAUCAAAUCGAUAUAGUUGUUUAAGGGAAUGUCCAUUUAAAGAUCUGCAGUACAUAUUUAAGAAAGAGUAAAGCUAUAUUUGUAAUAUUCAGUUUGCGAGGAUCAUGUUGAUAUAUUAUUAUAUAUUGUUGUAUGUAUACA